AUGAAUCUAUAAAGCGGUCAUUACAUUUUUAAUUCACCUUAGUUCCUUAAGAAGUUGAGGCGUUUCAAGUGCCAUGAAGUGUUCAAUUCUACUAGUUUAUAUCCUUUUUGGAUUAGCUUCAGUCCUUGCUAUUGAAUCACCUCGGAAAAUAAACUGGAACAAAGUGAGGCCAAUUGACGCCCUUCCAGCCAAAUUUCAUCAGAAAUGGAAUACGAAUCAUGCAACCCUAGCAAGGAAUCCAGAAGGAAGGAUAAUCGGUGGUGAAGAAGUCAAACGGGGAACAUACCCACACCAAGCAGGAUUGAUAAUAGAUAUUUUUUCAUUUUGCGGUGGAUCAUUAAUAAGUAACUUAUAUGUUAUGACCGCUGCUCAUUGCACUUAUGGCGCUUAUACGGUAGAUGUUUAUCUGGGAGCGCAUAACAUUUAUGAGGAUGAAGAAGAGGGUCGAUUGGUGUUAACAUGUCCUUAUGAAAAUCUGAUCGUUCAUGCUGCCUACGAUCCUUACUCCAUUUCUAAUGAUAUAUCGCUGAUCAUGCUUCCUCAAAGAAUUACUUUUACAGAUAGAAUUCAACCCAUUAGAUUGCCAACUAGAAGCGAAGCACUGGACGAUCUAGAGAAUUUGUACUUAACAGCUUCUGGAUGGGGAAGAGAUUCAGACAGUGCAACGUCUAUCUCACCAGUCUUGAGGUCUGUCGAAUUGCAAGUGCAGCCCGUACCUAUCUGCAAACAUUUCUUUUCGGACAUAAUUUUACCAUCUAAUAUCUGCACAAAUUCGGGCCGAGGACAAGGAACCUGCAGUGGAGAUUCUGGUGGUCCACUCAUAUUCAAUAAGACCAAUACCGACAAAUAUAUCGUUGGACUAACAUCAUUUGGCAGCUCAAUAUCAUGUGUCGAUGCUGGCUGGCCAUCUGUUUUUACAUAUGUUGGGGCUUACCUAAAUUGGAUUCGAGACAACACAGAUAUUAUCAUUGAGAAUUAUCGAACCAUGAAGUGGUCAACGGGUGUUUCUGUGCUUAUCCUGCUCGUGGUUGCUUCCACCACAGCAUACUCGGUUAACAAGCAACACUUAAAUACCCCACCAGAGAGUCGUAUUAUUGGUGGUGAAGUAUCCAGUCCAGGACAGUUUCCCUACCAAGCAGCCCUCAGGAUCAACGUCACAGAUCGUCCCGGCUUUUCAACAUGCGGUGGAACAUUGAUUGCCGUAGAUUACACUAUGACCGCUGCUCAUUGUGUGCUCAUCACCGGCGCUAGUCAUAUUGAGGUUCACUUGGGAGCUUAUGAUAUCUAUAACCUCGAAGAGGAGGGCCGUAUAUCUGUCAUCGUACCUAAAGAGAACUUCAUUCCUCACAAAGGAUAUGACUCGAGAUCACUUGUCAAUGAUAUAGCUUUGCUCAAAUUUAACGAGAAAGUCACUUUGACCGACAAAAUUCAAACUCUACCUCUGCCGACCCGCUCGGACGCCAACAUAAAUUUCGAAGGAAAAAUAGUGGUUUCUUCGGGCUGGGGCCGUUAUUCUGACGAUGAACAAGUAAUCUCUCCUGUCAUGAAGUACAUGAACGUCAUCGUUGAAAGUCAAAGAAUCUGUCAGCACUUCUAUGCCAAUUAUGAAGUGGUCACAGCCUCGAAUAUCUGCACCUACACUGGCCUUCGAGAUGGCGUGUGCAACGGAGAUUCCGGUGGUCCCUUGAGAUACACCGACGAGAAUGGUCGUCAGAUAGUUAUAGGGUUCCUCCAUUUCGUUUCAAUCAUGAAGUGGUUCACAAGUAUUUUCAUAUACCUCGCGUUGAUAUCCGCGGCCGCGAUAGCAUUUUCGACUGAUUUUAUCAAUGGUCGUAUUAUUGGUGGUCAAGAAGCCCAGAGAGGACAGUUUCCAUUCCAGGCUGCGCUAAGGAUCAACGUUACGGAUAGACCUACUUUUUCAACAUGUGGUGGCUCCUUGAUUGCCCCGGACUAUACCCUAACUGCCGCUCAUUGUGUGCUUAUCAAGGAUGUCAUGAAUAUCGAGGUGCACCUGGGGGCUCAUGAAAUUCUAAACAUCGAAGAAGAAGGCCGACUUAGAGUUGUUGUCCAACCGGAGAACUUUUUUGCUCAUAAGGACUAUAAUUCCAGAUCAAUUGUAAAUGAUAUUGCCUUGCUCAAGUUCGACCAGAAAGUGACGUUUACAGAUAGAAUUCAACCGAUAGCGCUUCCAUCCUGGUCGGAUGUUAAUGUCGAUUUCGAAGGCAAAAUCGUAGUCGCUUCCGGAUGGGGCCGUUACUCAGAUGAUGUACAAGGCAUUUCCCCGGUCCUGAGGUAUGCUGAGACCCCAGUAGAAAGUCAACGAAUCUGCAUGCACUACUAUCAAAACUAUGAAAUCGUUACCGACUCCAACAUAUGCAUUUACACAGGGGUGGGAAAAGGAACUUGCAAUGGAGACUCUGGUGGACCUUUAACAUAUACAGAUGAAAAUGGGCGGAAAAUUAUUGUUGGGCUUACAUCAUUUGGAAGUGAUAUAGGAUGCGUGGAGCCAGGAUGGCCAUCUGUAUUCACCCGUAUCACAUCUUUCCUGGACUGGAUUGAAGAAAAUAGUGAUAUUAAAAUUAACCCAUAAAGAAUAACAUACUUUAAGAGAUUUUAUUUUAAAAGAUAUGGUCUAUUCAACAUC